AUGUCACAAUCAAACACAGAGAACUUCACCAACCCCUCCACCUUCAUCCUGCUGGGCAUUCCCGGCCUGGAGGCGGCUCAUGUGUGGAUCUCCAUCCCCUUCUCUGGCAUCUAUGUCAUAGCCAUUGUGGGGAAUCUCACCAUCCUGCUCAUUGUAAAGAUGGAGCCGAGCCUCCAUGAGCCCAUGUACUAUUUUCUCUGCAUGCUGGCCAUCACCGACCUGGUCUUGGCCACAUCUGUCCUGCCCAAAAUGCUGAGCAACUUCUGGUUCAAUUCCAGGGAGAUAGACUUCGAUGCCUGCCUCACCCAGAUGUACUUCAUUCACUGCUUCUCAGCAAUUGAGUCUGGGAUAUUGGCAGCCAUGGCUUUGGAUCGUUACGUGGCCAUCUGCCAUCCCCUGAGACAUUCCACCAUCCUGACAAACCCUUUUGUGGCCAAGAUUGCCCUGGCUGUGGUGCUGCGCAGUGGCACAUUCAUAUUACCAUAUCCCUUACUGGCAAGGCAGUGGCCAUAUUGUAGAACCAACAUCAUCCCUGAGCCGUACUGUGUGCACAUCGCUGUGGUGAAACUGGCCUGCGGCGACACCCGCAUCAGUAGUUACUAUGGGCUCUUUGUGCUGUUCUGUGUGUUGGGUCUGGAUGUCAUUUCUAUUGCCAUCUCCUACAUGCAGAUCCUCAGGGCCAUCUUCAGCCUCCCCACAAAGGAUGCCCGGCUGAAGACUUUUGGGACCUGCGGCUCUCACCUCUGCACCAUUGUAAUCUUUUAUAUCCCAAGUCUCUUCUCCUCCCUCAUGUACCGUUUUGGACAGAAUUUUCCCCAGCAUGUCCAUGUUCUCCUUGCCAACAUGUGCUUCCUGCUGCCCCCCAUGCUCAACCCCAUCAUCUAUGGGGUAAAGACCAAACAAAUAAGGUGCCGGCUGCUCGGGCUUGUUACUCGUAUAUAG